CCUCCCCCACAUCGAAUCCACAUCGAAUCCAAUCAAGCACCUUUGCCUCCUUCCUCGACCUCGACUUGCUCCUCCUCACCACCGCACCGCAGUUUGUAGACGCAGACGCAGCAGCAGGCUACCUACGCAAAUCGGAACAACAUGUGUGGCGGCGCCAUCAUCUCCGAGUUCAUCCCGCAGCGCGACAGCGCCGCUGCCCGCGCCGGCCACGGCAAGCGCGGCCUCGUCUGCGCCGACGACUUCUGGCCGCCGCACGCCGCCGACUUCGACGACUUCGCCGCCGCCGCCGCCGCCUCCUUCCAUCCCGACCAAGCAGAGCCGCCGGCCAGGAAGCGGGAGCGCAAGACCAUGUACCGCGGCAUCCGGCGCCGGCCCUGGGGCAAGUGGGCGGCGGAGAUCCGUGACCCCGCCAAGGGCGCCCGCGUCUGGCUCGGCACCUUCGCCACCGCCGAGGCCGCCGCGCGCGCCUACGACCGCGCCGCGCGGCGCAUCCGCGGGGCCAAGGCCAAGGUCAACUUCCCCAACGAGGACCCGCCGCCCGACUACGACGACGACGACCACGCCGGCGCCGCGCAGGGGAUGCUCGCCAUGUCCUGCGCCGGCGGCGGCGGUGGCAGGGACCACCUCGUCGACUACGACGUCGACGUCAUGGGCAUGGGCAUGGGGACGACGUUCUUCCAGCACCACCCGCAGCCGUCGUACGUGUCCGACGCCGUCACCGUGGCGCAGCAGGAGCAGGUGCCCACGGUCGCGUACGUGCACCACCACCAGCUGCCGCCGCCGCAGGACGACGCCGCGGGGAUGGACAUGUGGACGUUCGACGGCAUCAACACAGCCGUGCCCAUGUGAUGCCAUGUGAUAGACCACGCAUCUGCUUCCUUACCGUUACUGCUAGCUUAUCAACAUGUUGUUGCUGCUGCUUUUCAAAUAUUAGUAGUAGGUUUUUAUACAUACACUGUUAGGAGUAAUUUAUCUGCCCAUGUAACUAGGGGUGGAACUCUAGCAUCUCACAGUUGUUCCCCUUCUUCCCCUAGCAAUUCUUGUGCAAAGAUGAAUUCUCCAAGAAUAAAUUGCCGUGGACAUACUUUGUACUAUAAAAGUAUCGCUGAUUUUGUAGGCACAUACAGUACUAUGGUCUUGUUCAGUUGGCAAUAUUUUUUUUGGAAUUUUGAA